AGUUUGCAAAUCCUGUAUUAAACAUAGAUCUGAUAAACAAGCUCCGGCAGAGCUGUGUGCGGAUCACUGCAGAAGACAUGGCAGCUGAAGCAGUCAGUGUGCUCAUCACGGGGGCCAACCGAGGUUUGGGCCUGGAGAUGGUGAGACAAAUGGUGAAGGGCCCCGGCACAGUGGCAAAACUGUUUGCCUGUUGCAGAGACCCGGAUGGACCGAAGGCCAAAGUAAGAGUCUCCAAAAUAAAUAACCUCUCCUAAAUUCAUAUGCAUGUUCUUGAGCAUAUUCUGAGUAACAAUCUUUGUGUUUUACAGGACUUGCAAACAUUGGCAGUAAAGUAUCCCAACAUCAUCCGCAUCGUUCGUAUGGGUACAAGCUCCUUUCUACUUGUUCAGAUGUUAAAAGUGUCGACUUUAUGAGUAAGCAAGAGCUGUUGAAAUGAAUCUGACUGUCUGCUAUCGACUGCUCUUCUGUCCUCUCUCUCUCUGUCAGACGUCAGUGACCUUAAUAGCAUAAAAGCAGGCGUCCAGCAUGUGGCCUCUGUGGUUGAAAAGAAGGGUCUCAACCUGCUGAUAAACAAUGCAGGAAUACUGAGCAAAAGCACCCUGUGUGACUGCACUCCAGAAGAUAUGCAGAAUGUUUUCAACACCAAUGUUAUUGGCCCCAUGAACAUCAUUAAGGUAAGCUUGAAAUGAAUGAUUUUGGCACUGGGUGGUGCUUUCUAACAGUGAAGUGAGCAUUCAUGGUUUUUAUAUACUGUCUCUGGUGUUGGUGUACAUUUGCAGGAGUUCCUGCCUCUUCUUCAUAGUGCUGCAAAAGCCAGCAAGAUGUCAGGGAUGUCCUGCAAAAAAGCAGCUGUUGUGAACAUCUCUUCAGGUCUGGGUUCAAUGGGACUGGUGAAAGACACAUACGGCGUCUUUCCUGCCGUCUCUUACCGUGUCAGCAAGGUAAGCAACAACCUGCUAUCACUACAACUUGCCUUUAAAGGCUUUCUUUAAUGUUUAUAGAGUUAAGGGUUGAAAACAUCCAAACUAUGAAUUCACCUGUUUGUAUUGCUAAUCGCUAAGAUUUGCGUGUCUCUGAAGCGUCAAAGCCUAAACCCGGUGAUACAUAGAUUUGUAUUUAUACAGAGCUUUUCCACUCUUUUUGACGUCUUUGAGUGUUUUUAUUAUAUAUUCACCACAUUCAUACAGUGAUCGCACCAUCAGCACCAGUAACUAACUCCGUUCAUAUCCACUAUGUUAGUUAUGCCACUGGGAUUAAUUUUCAACUCAGAGUCUGACCCGAGCUGUCUGACCCUUGUCUUGUGAACUGCAAGAACUGGGACUGAAACACAAAUCUUCCAAUUAGGAGAUGAAAAAUCUCAACCUCUGAGCCACAGCUGCCCCGAUAAUCUCCGUUUCAUCAGAUUUAGGGAACUUAAAAUCACUGUUUUUUGUCUUUUUGUCCUUAAGCUUUGCUGAUAUGUGCAGUUGAGUAUCAUCUAAAUAAUUCUGAACAUUUUUUGGAGAUUUUUUUAGAUUUAAUUUCCCCCAAGGGAGCAUAAAGGAUGAAAAGAUAGGGUCUGGGCACUGAACCUUGAGGAACUCCCUGACUACCUGAGAAACAGAAAUCUCUUUGCAGCAAGACAAGAAAAUCAGUUGUGUUUAAUGCAUCAAUGCAGCAAGUGAAGCAAUGAAGUCGUUUGUAUAAAAACUCUUUUUUUCUUCUUAGGCAGGUCUGAACAUGCUGGCGCUGUGUGCAGCAGCAGAACUGAAGAGCAAUGAGAUCCUGUUUUCGUUGCUGCACCCUGGCUGGGUGCGGACUGACAUGGGCGGAGAGGAGGUGAGACAAUCCAGUUUUUUUGCUGCUCUGGUCCCAAUUCGAAAUAAAUAGAAACAGUUCUGAAUGAUAAACAACUUUAUUGAGAGGAUCAAAUUGUUUAAUUUUACAUCACAUAAUGUGCCUCUUUAGUAAUCAAGCAGCAAACUAAGAUCUUCUUAUUGGGGGACAAAACUUUUUCUAUAGCAGGUUCAUGGUCCAAAAGCUAAUUUUGAGGUUUCAGUAUCCAGAUUUUAAUUAUAAGAAGGAUUUUACACAAAGAAGGAUUAUCAAAUUCUAAGGAGAGCUGUUAAAUAAUAUUAAUCUUUCCACAAGGUUGCAAAUCCAAUACCCAGUGAGAGCUCUCAUACAAAGGUCUUAAAAUAUGUACGCAGCAGCAGAAUCUAGAUCUGGUUUUUCCUCAUUCAGGUUUUAAAAGAAUCUCCUAUGCUGUGCCCUCAUGUUCACUGAAUGUUGUUCUGACCACCAGGGGGAGAUUGAUGCCUCGGAGAGCGUGGCGGGGAUGCUGAGCGUGAUGGCCACCCUGACUGAGAAGCAGAGCGGAGAUUUCUUCGAUUACAAAGGCGAAGUAGUCCCCUGGUAACCCCAAAGAUAUCACAUUGUGCUCCAAAGCUACCGUGAAUCACUUCAGAAACCCAGAAAUAAAACAAAUUCUCACUUUGUCUGGAUUGUA